UACCCUUGAGCAAUGAAUGGAGAGCCACGGACGCCGUUAUCCCAUUUUAUCUUUAAUUUGCCAAAAAACUUCCCUACGAUGAUUCAGGAGUCGCUCAUGAUAACACUGCAUUGUCACGCGCCACACUCGCCAAACCAAUUCGCUCAACCCCAUCAUGAACCUCUCCUUCGCCACUCCUCUCCGCCACCCAAACCGGUGGUGGCGACGCCAUCUGCGUCUUAGAACCACCCUCUCCUCUGAACUUUCUGGCGCGGUGGGUGACUUGGGCACCUUCAUCCCUAUAGUCCUUACUCUCACUUUGGUUUCCCACCUUGACCUUUCCACCACUCUAAUCUUCACCUCCCUUUACAACAUUUCCACUGGCCUCCUCUUCGGUGUUCCCAUGCCGGUUCAGCCCAUGAAGUCCAUCGCUGCUGUUGCCGUCUCCGAGCUCCCCCAUCUCACCACCGCCCAGAUCGCCACCGCAGGCGCAACCACCGCGGCCACUCUCCUUAUCCUCGGUGCCACUGGCCUUAUGUCCUUCUUCUACCGUUUCAUCCCUCUCCCUGUUGUCCGCGGAGUUCAGCUUUCCCAGGGCCUUUCAUUCGCCUUCUCCGCCAUCAAGUACAUCCGAUACGAUCAAGAUUUUGUCAGUUCAAAAUCUACCACUCCUCGGUCUUGGCUUGGUCUUGAUGGUCUUAUUCUUGCUAUUUCUGCUCUUCUUUUUCUAGUUCUCACCACCGGUUCUGGUGGUGAUAAUCACACAAUCGACGAAAAUGAUAACAAUUCGUUGACUGGCUCUCAGCGACGGGUGAGUAAAAGAUUGCGGUUUUUGUCAGCAAUUCCUUCUGCUCUUAUAGUGUUCUUUGUUGGGUUGGUUUUAUGUUUCAUUCGCGAUCCUUCCAUCAUUAAUGAUUUUAAAUUUGGUCCAUCAAGAAUCCAGCUGCUGAAAAUUACAUGGGAAGAUUGGAAAACCGGGUUCUUGAGAGGGGCAAUUCCGCAAAUCCCACUGUCCAUAUUGAAUUCUGUAAUUGCAGUGUGUAAAUUAUCCAUUGAUUUAUUCCCAGAUAAUGAAUUGUCAGCGACAAAGGUUUCUGUUAGUGUUGGGAUCAUGAAUUUGGUGGGUUGCUGGUUUGGAGCCAUGCCAGUGUGCCAUGGAGCAGGUGGGCUAGCAGGGCAGUACAGGUUUGGUUCCAGGAGUGGUGCAUCAGUUGUUUUUCUGGGGAUAGGGAAGUUAGUGAUAGGAUUGGUGUUUGGGAAUUCUUUUGUGAGGAUUUUGAACCAAUUCCCAAUCGGGAUUCUUGGAGUGCUGUUGUUGUUUGCAGGGAUUGAGUUGGCUAUGGCUUCUAAGGAUAUGAAUACAAAAGAGCAAUCUUUUGUGAUGUUGGUUUGCGCUGCUGUUUCAUUAACUGGGUCGAGUGCUGCAUUGGGAUUUGGGUGUGGGAUUUUGCUUCAUCUGUUGCUAAAAUUGAGAAGCAUGGAUUGCUCUUGUUUUGGGUUUUCCAGAUGCAGCUCUAAAUCUUCUGCUUCUGAUGUGGAAUCCACUCUUAUUCCUUCAGAUUAGCCUGCAAAGCAAUGGAAAUUGGCAAGUGAACCUCCGAAUCAAAAUUUUAGUCUCAUCUAUAUCAAGUUAAAUGAAUAAUUUAGAAUAUUGUUUUUCUACUUGAGGUGAGACCAAGCAAUGUAAUGAUAAAGGUAUGAGAUCUCUGUUAAUAGAUUUCAUUGUACAUAGACCUUUUAUAUGAGAAAUGAAUGAGGAUUAAAGAAAUGAAUAUACUUUAAAAAUGUGUCAUUUAAAUUCCUUAUUUCUAAUACUUUUAUGAAGGACUGAAUGAGGAUUAAAGGGGAAUUUUAUUUUGAGUUCUGUUACUGUUGCUCACGAGCAAUGUACAGCGCGUAGAAUAAAACAAUUGGCGGCCAUCCAAGGCAAGCAGACACAAAUCAAUUACUGUUCCCCCAAAAACUACUGCAAAGUGCAAACUACUUCUACUUCUAGUCCUCAGUUUCAGAUGUGGCCCGGUCAUGCCCAGCGUUCGAUUUCAUUUCAAGGAGCGUACACUGAGUCUAAAAAAAAAUGGGAGAAAGAGUCGUGUUUGUCGGGGAGCACAAUGUUGCUUUCUCGGGAGUCUGAAUCGAGUGAUCCAUGGGAAUGGGUGAAAGGUUCAAGUUAUUACCAGCCACCUCUUCUAUAAGACGAUCAGAUUCUACUUGUUCUUCAUCAUCCAAUGAGUUUUACAUUGACCAAUAGGGUAAUCAAAGGAGAGAUAAGAAGUUUAAACUCAAAAUCAAAUCUCAAGUACUUUGAUGCAGUCCGCAUUUUAUCACAGGUGUCAAAGUUAGUGAACUAUGAAUUUGCUUCUGAAAAGUUUGUUUUGAAAGCUUGUACUUUGUAUCCAUACUGGAUACCAUGGUGGAUGGUGGCAUUGAUAUCUACAAAGGAACAGGAUUUUGUGAAAUUCUAGGGCAAAUUACUGGAGGAGGAGCUGGGCCUUUUACAAUUGUGCCUAAUUGGAGGUGCGACAGCGCAGAUGAUUUUUGCAGUAAGUUGGUCCUUUUGUGUCUGAUAAAGAAAUUAAGGCGACAGAUGGGAGUUUCAAAGGUGUGAAACUCUUUACGCAGAAUGUCAAGUGUGAGCAGAUGCCUGCGCAAGGAAAUGUUAGUUCUGCAAGGGUUGCUGCCGUCUUUUGAGCUGUCCCUCCCAUGGAGAAUCAGUUUAUUAUGGCAGUGAGAUCCGGGCCAAACAAAAUGACUGUUGCUGCUGAAGGAGUUUGGAAAUCCUCUAGCGGGCUGCUUUGCAUGGUUGGUUGCCUUGGACUAGUUGAUACAGAGAGAAGUAGCUGUAAUUCUUGCAUCUGUUUAUACAUUCCUAUGUCAUUUUCCAUAAAGCAACGAAGCAUAGUUUAUGGGAGUUUUUUCAGCGCUGCUAAAAUUAAUGCCUCCUAUUUCCCUUCAUCAUUUGAAAAACUAGUGUGGCCUACAGAGCUGUGGAAUUAUUUCAGAAACUUCCGUCCGUAUUGCAGUUGCUCAAAAAUAGAGAAAGCCAUUUUUAUCGUGGAAAAAAAAUGGGCCCUUCAGUUUUCAGACUGUCCUUAAGAAAUCAUUGCUACAGUCCCCGAAACUAGAAGACACAGAGGCAUGCAUAACCAUUCUUUCUCUUCUUGCAGGGGACCUAACCCUCCACACCUCUGCAUUUCCUGAUCCAUUUCCUAGUUCUCGGCCAACAAGAAUUGAUUUUCAGAUGGAAAUUCUCUCACUUGGCCCCAUGUUUGGGUGAUAUUCGUCUUCAUACAAUGUUUCCUCUGCAGAUGAGGAAAAUCCUUACCACGGUAAAGCUGAGACACUGAAGAGCAGCUCCUUAUGAAUGUAUCAGCUCAAAUCACACUUAAUGGAGAUGCUUAGAGCAAUUUUCUGUGCUUUUUCUUGAAGGCCUUUAUGACCUUCAUGUUGGCACGGUGUAUCUAGUUGGCUGCAGGGAUGUCCAAGCCUCAUGGAACAUUUUAUUUGACAGCAUUGAUCUGGAAUCAGGUUUGAUUGCUUAAUUGAAGUGGUUGUGUCUUAUCCACCCACUACAUCUCGGUGGCUAGUAAAUCCAGCUGCUAGAAUAUCUAUAUCCAGCCAAUGCAAUGGUGAUGAUCCCCUACAUUUUGGCACACUUAGGCUCCAAACUCUUCCCAUUAUGUACCGGAGGAGGCAGAGAGAACACAUUCUAUCUCGCAGGGGGAUUGAGGGGAUCCUCCAAAUUUUAACGGUUUCAUUUGCAAUUGGCUGCAUUUUAAGCCAGCUAUUCUACAUAAAGCAGGAUGCAGAUUCUGUUCCUUUCAUAUCUCUGGUGAUGCUUGGUGUUGAAGCUUGGGUAUGGCCUUCCACUGAUCACAGGGGCAGAAGCUCUCUUCAAGAGAAUGUCAUUUGAAUCUUAUGAAACGUCGUCAUAUGAUCUAGAGAAGAAUCGGUGGGUGCAUCUAUUUGAUUACACGGCGAAGAUUCUUGCCAUGGUUUCAUUUCUACUAACUAUAAGACUCUGUCAGAAGGUGUGGAAAUCUCGUAUCAGAUGUUACCUACAAUAAUUCCAUCGUGUCCCAAGUGACAAGAGGGUAUUCCUUUGUACAUUGACGAUACACGUAAUUGGGUGUGUAAUUGUUCUCAUUGUUCAUAGUUUAAAAACUAGCCGGAACCUUUCCAAAUGGAGAAAUAUGUUGAUUCUGCUGGUGAUUCCCGGACUCUGCGAGAAUGGGAAACUGAACUUUGAGCAUGUGGGUCUUGUACGAGACUUUUUCUUGCUUCCACAAAUUAUGUGGCUGAUUGAUUUAAAGCCUCUGAAGGAACUCUGUUUCAUGGAGAGCCAUUAUUUUGAAAACCAAACCGGACCAGCCUGGUCGCUGAAUAUUGAACCCAGAA